AUGAUAAUUGAUACAACAGAAAUAGAGACUAUCAAUUCUUUUUCCAAAUUGGAAUCCUUAAAAGAAGUCUAUGGGAUCAUAUGGAUGCUUGUCCCUAUUGUGACUCUUGUAUUAGGAAUCACAAUAGGUGUACUAGUAAUUGUUUGGUUAGAAAGAGAAAUAUCUGCAGGAAUACAACAACGUAUUGGGCCUGAAUAUGCCGGCCCGUUAGGAAUUCUUCAAGCUCUAGCAGAUGGGACAAAACUACUUUUGAAAGAGAACCUUAUUCCAUCUACAGGAGAUACUCGUUUAUUCAGUAUCGGACCAUCCAUAGCAGUAAUAUCUAUCUUUCUAAGUUAUUCAGUAAUUCCUUUUGGUGAUCACCUUGUUCUAGCCGAUCUUAGUAUUGGUGUUUUUUUUUGGAUUGCCAUUUCAAGUAUUGCUCCCGUUGGACUUCUUAUGUCGGGGUAUGGAUCAAAUAAUAAAUAUUCCUUUUUAGGUGGUCUACGGGCAGCUGCUCAAUCAAUUAGUUAUGAAAUACCAUUAGCUCUAUGUGUGUUAUCAAUAUCUCUAUUAUCUAACAGUUUAAGUACAGUUGAUAUAGUGGAAGCGCAGUCAAAAUAUGGUUUUUGGGGGUGGAAUUUGUGGCGUCAACCCAUCGGGUUUAUCGUUUUUCUAAUUUCUUCUCUCGCCGAGUGUGAAAGAUUACCUUUUGAUUUACCAGAAGCAGAAGAAGAAUUAGUAGCAGGGUAUCAAACCGAAUAUUCUGGUAUCAAAUUUGGUUUAUUUUACAUUGCUUCAUAUCUGAAUCUACUAGUUUCUUCAUUAUUUGUAACAGUUCUUUACUUGGGAGGUUGGAAUCUUUCUAUUCCGUACAUAUUUGUUCCUGAUAUAUUUGGCAUAAAUAAAGGAGGUAAAGUCUUUGGAACACUAAUUGGUAUCUUUAUCACAUUAGCCAAAACUUAUUUGUUUUUGUUCAUUCCCAUUGCAACAAGAUGGACUUUACCGAGGCUGAGAAUGGACCAACUAUUAAAUCUUGGGUGGAAAUUUCUUUUACCGAUUUCUCUAGGUAAUCUAUUAUUGACAACCUCGUCCCAACUUCUUUCACUGUAA